UCCGGUAUACACACUACAAAGUCCAGAAAAAUGUCAACAAAAAUGAUUACCUCUAAUUAACCUAAUUUAAACUUCUGAAAAUUAUGGCCAUUUCAGAAACUCCAUCUUACAUCUUAGAAUAUAAGAAUGUUGUGUCAAUUACAACGCCUAUGUUGUCUAAAAACUCGACCACAACUCCCGGUGCAGUGACGUUUCCUCCUUUAGUUCCAGCUUUAAAACCAAGUUUUGAAAGAGGACUCACUUAUACAUUUGUGUGUGUGUAUGGAAUACUAUUUUUUAUGGUGUAUAUUCAACUAUGGAUGGUAUGGUACUAUCGCCACAAGCGAUUAAGUUACCAAACAGUGUUUUUGUUCCUGUCUCUCCUUUGGAGUGGAUUGCGCAUGACACUAUUUUCAUUUUAUUUUAAUGACUGUUCAAAAGUAAAUUUAUUCCCCGUCUUCACUUACUGGUUAAUGUUCUGCUUUCCAGUGUGUUUGCAGUUUAUAAUCCUGUGUCUUCUGGUGCUUUUCUUUGCUCAGGUGGUGCACAAAGCCAAAGCAAGAUAUGAGCCGAGUAGACUGAAACUAUCAUUGAAAGUACUGUUGGGCAUUACUGUAGUUAUAUUCCUCACGACCAAUGUGUCAUGUGCAGUGAUAACAAAGAUGUAUGAUGACCAGGCCACCUCCCUGCCCUAUGCCAUGCUACUCAUACGAGUCACCAUCAAUGAUACUCUCUUCAUUCUCGUCAGUCUUUGUUUGUCUGUCUGCAUCUACAAACUGGCCAAGAUGGCUGCAGCUAGUGUUGUCUUAGAAGCAAAGGGCACAACAGUAUGCAAGGCCCUAGCCACGUGUGGUCUUAUCAUGUUCCUGUACCUUACACGUGCAAUAUACAACCUCAUAGCAGUCUUUCCCGUCAACAGAAAAACACACAAACUGCCUAGCUUUGGAUAUGGUUGGAUCAAUGUUACAGAUCAGGCGGAUUUUGUGCAGCUUGACAAAGGGUAUGCCUACGCCUCGUUUGCUGUUGUCCUGUUUGUGUGGGAGAUCCUGCCAAUGUUCAUUGUGAUAGUAUUUUUUAGAGUACGGACACAAAACUCGGCAAAGGGUUUAAAUGAUUUGCCUUCUCACACUCAAAACACAAGAGCUUACUUCUUUGACAACCCUCGACGGUAUGAUAGUGAUGACGACAUCAGCGCUGCUAGUGAUUAUUUCCACAGUCAUCAAAGCGACUCAAGCCAAGGAAGAUAUUCCAUAAAUGCUAGCCAGUCACGAGCCUCUAUCGAUGCAAGUGUUGAGACAUUACGAGGAUCUCCCCGCACAACUCUACCCAAGGGUCCGACCCUGGGGUAUGGGGCGGUGAUGACGUCGGAUAGACAUUACAGCUACAGUGUCUCCCCACAGCCAGCUGGCUUCACAGACAAUACCAGAUAUGGAUCAACAUAGAAAGCCAUGUGAACAAAUUGUAUUCGCUUAAUAAGUGUUGCCGUAGUCAAACAAGUUUUUCCAGUGUGGUCUGGAACAAGUUUUUCUGGUGUGAAACAAGUGUUCAUUGUGUAAAACAAUUUUUUCCAGUGUGGAACAGAUAUUUCUAAUGUGAAACAAGUUUUUCCAGUGUGAAACAAGUUUUUCCAGAGUGGAACAAGUUUUUCAUGUGUGGAACAAGUUUCUGACAGAAAUUGAUCUUAUAAGUUCCAAGACUUAGUGUGGGCCAAAGUUAAUGAAGAGAAGAAGAUAUUUUUUUGGUUACAGUAAGAUAUUAUUGUGCUUUCAACUUGUAUAAUCAUAGGCGUAUAUUUUUUGGCAUCUUAUGUUAUCUUACAUGGAUAAGGGAUGAGAUGCUAUCAAUGGAACACUGAUCAAAAUGCUGAUUCUUUAAGGUAUUUUAAAAACUAAAACACAUAUUAAACCCACCAUUUACAGACUCUACAUAAGCACUCUAUACCGAGGUCUGGGAAAUUUACUGUUAUGUAGUAAUCUGCUUUAAACAAACACCCACAAUUUCAGAAAAAUAAAUUUGCAGAGACCAAAAAGGCUUACCACUGCUCUGUUUUCCAUGCUUUACUUUUGAAAUGAUAAAUAAAGUAUGAUAUCUCUUUUUACAUCACCAUCAUUGUUGUCAUCAUUAUCAUCAAUAUCAUCAUCACCACCAUCAUCUAUACAUUUUUUAUAAACUACAUGUACAAGUAAAUCAAAAAUGUCUAUGAAAUCGUAAAAUUUAAACUUCUGGACUUUUUAAUGUUUGAUACAUUAACUCUGAUUGAGACUUCUAUGCAAGUUUCACAAAAAGUAAUAAAGAAUAAAAUUAAUUCAUACGGUAGCAAUGUAUCCUUGCUGCUGAACACAAUGCAGCUAUUGCAAGUUAAAAUGUGGUUUUUAUAGCAUCUCAUUCCUUCUUCAUCCCAUAUCUGUAAUUCAUACUUAUUAAAUACAAUGGCCUCAUUUUUUAAUCACAUUUUUGGAUCAAUAUUUCAGUGUAAUGAUAAUAUCUGUUUUGAUUAUUAUACUUGUAUUUUUCAGUUCAAAAGCAAAAUAUUCAAUUUGAUCUGUAACAUCCAGAUAUUAACAAACCAUUUUCAUCAUCUAACAAUAUUUUGUUGUACACAUGUUGAUAAAUGGCCCCUGUAUACAUAAAAGGUUGUGCUGUUUUUGCAGAAAUGCAUUAUAUGAUAUAUGUUCUCCUUAUAAGUUUAAAUCAAAAUUUUGUUGAAAAUUUGUUACUAUUCAUUUACUAAAAAAUUGUAAGCCAAGCAGCCAACACUGACUCGGAAGUCUGUGAUUUUUACCUGUAAAUAUCUUGUACAUAUUUAUUAUUACAUGUUUAUUUUAUGAACCGGUGAGGUAAAUAUAAGUCACGAUGUGACUUAAAAUCAAUAUUUGUUUAUUUUGGAUGCAUUCUAGUCCCUUUUUUUUCACAGUACUUUUCAAAAUAGAUAAAAACAAUGACAGUCCUGUUUAAAUAUAUAUCUGAUAGCCUGUAUUUACACUUUCAAUUAUUGCUUUAGUUGAUAAAAGCAAAAAGAAAUCAGUACUUUAACAUAAAUUAAACAUAAUGUACACCUCAUACACUUAUUUACUGAUUAUUUUAUCAUUUGAAUAUUUUAUCAGUUACAACAAUUCAUAUAUAAACAAGAACAGCUCUAAAUGUAUGUACGAUUUUGAAAUCAGGUCCUGUUUGUUACUGCAACUAAACAUGCGAGUUUUAGAAUGUCCUCAUUAAGUUUAAUCAAGUUUUAAUUGGAACAUCAUACAUGUACAUAUAUUAUAGUUUUUGGUCGUUCAGAUUCAUUUCUUAUUGCCAUGAUAAGGAAUAUUUGUGUUAUUGAUGUUAAGUUUGUUUAUCCUGUAUAUAUUGAUCAUGUUAUCUGUUUCAAUGUCUAACUUUGAAGAAAUGUUACUGUACAUAUUUGUUUUGACAUACUUUAUCAAAGAAAUUAUUGUUUUAAUAUUUUGAUAGUCAAAUUAUUAGGGCCCCUCAAAAGUAUUGUAGGUGCCCAUUUUAGUAAUCACCCUGUGUUGCCAUCUGUUCAUCUGUCCACAUAUCUUUUGUUUUUUUUCGCAAUAUUUUUAAACUGUUAAAAGUUAUCAAAAUUAAACUUUUUAUGUUAGCUCACUGCAACAAUCUCAUGCUGUCUCAUAUUUACUUUGAACUUUGUAAACUUACGAAAAAUUAGCAAUUUUAUUUACUUUUCAAAGAACUUGAAAUUAAGCAUCAAUAUAAUUAUCAAUUAAUGGUUAUGUGAACAUGCCAAUACAAGAACCUGAUAUCUCUGACCUAUUGUUAUCAAAUUGUUUCCCUUGAUUAGAAAAUAUGCUGAAUUAGCGCAUUUUAUUAAAAAAGUGAAAUCAUUUUUCUAUAUACAGCUGUUACUCAUAAACAGUACAAGAUCCAUAACUAUGUGGCCGGCUGUUUCAUAAUUGUCAUCAUCAAAUUAAUGUGUGUGACCAACUGGAUUUACAUUCCAUUAGAACUUGAAAUAUUUUGGAUGGAAAAUAAUUAAACUUGAAGCAUCAAUGACAAUGUGAUAUUGUGCGUGGUAAUGGAAUGAAAACUCUGGGACCAAGUUUUAUAAAAUUGUCUCCCUUGAUGUGAUAAAAAAAACUUGAAUUAAAAUUUAAAUAUCGGUUAAUAGCAAUAUGGAAACGUGUACAAUUAAAAUAAAAACAUAA